AGAGACUUGACUACCGGACGUGUAAUCAACAUCAGCUGCUGAACGUGUGAGGAGCGUCGUGCUGAGUUUACACUCGAGGACCAAAGCCUCACCUGAAGUCUCAUCAUGGCCGAAGUGGACGAGAGUCACUUUUCUCUGUUGAGUCUGGAGGAUGAGCUGACCUGCAGCAUCUGUCUGAGUACCUUUGACUGUCCGGUGACCAUCCCCUGCGGACACAACUUCUGCCAGGACUGCCUCCUCGCCACCUGGAAGGAGUCCUACAGCUGCCCCCAGUGUCGGACCCACUUCGCCACCAAACCCGAGCUGAAGAAGAACACGGUCCUCAGCACCGUGGUGCAGACCUUCAACUUGAGGUCGACCAAGAGCGAGGCCAGCCCGGCCGAAGAGGAGAGCAAGGCCAAGAAAGAGGAAGUCAUACGCUGUGAUGCCUGCAUGGAAGCAGAAGCAUCGCAGACCUGCCUUACCUGCAUGGCCUCUUUCUGUGAGGAGCACCUGCGCCCUCACCGGGAAAACCCAAACUUUAGUCUCCACCAGCUGAGUGAGCCUGUCGGCGACCUGUUGGAGCGUAUCUGCACUGUCCAUCACAAGAUGAUGGAGUUCUUCUGCACCCAACAUGGCCGCCCAAUCUAUCUCAACAUGGGCGUUUUUGCAACUGGCAUAAGAGCAGCUUCUGUCUCAGGAUUUACAUUCUCUGAGCCGCAAUGGGCUUUUCCAGGGCAGGUUAGACUUCCCAGGCCCUGCAGUCCAGAUCCAGGUUCUCAACCCAAAGUAGGCCAAAAGAAGAAGAAAGAAAAGCAAACCAAAAAAGCCCAAUCCACAGGAAACGAUAAGGCCCGUUCAAUGGAAAACCUGUUGUCGUUAGAGGGGAAAGGUGAACCUGCAGCUGAGCCAGAAACUUCAGACAUUCCCCCAAACAUAACAUCUGCGGAAAAAAGAAGCGAACUUUUGAAAUAUGGAACUGUACUCACUUUGGAUCCGAAGACGGCCCACAAACGUAUCACACUGAGUGAAGGCUUCACUAAAGCCUCUGUGUCAGAUGAACACACAAACUACCCUGACUGCCCUGAACGCUUCGCUGUCUGCUCCCAGGUGCUCACCUCUAAGGGUUUUUCUAGAGGACGCCAUUACUGGGAAGUCCGACUGAGCAGCAGCAACUUCAUUGGCAUUGGCUUGGCUUACAACAGCAUUGACCGCAAAGGUCCGACCAGUCGACUGGGUCGUAACGCCCAGUCCUGGUGUGUAGAGUGGUUUAACGUCAAGCUGUCAGCCUGGCAUAAUAGCAGUGAGACCGUGCUGGUCAAUCCCAAUCCAAAGCGCAUAGGUGUGCUGUUGGAUUGUGAGGGGGGCACUGCUACGUUCUAUAACGUGGCAGACAGGGCAUAUCCCUUCCACUCAUUUGUGUUCCCCUUUGCUGCAGCUGUGUAUCCAGCUUUCUGGAUUUUCUCAAGUGGCUCCUCCAUUUCUUUGUGCAAGCUGCAGGCAUGAGGAGCAUUUUCACAGAAAUGGCAUAUGCAGGCACACACACAGAUGUCAGCCAUUUCUCCUAAUUACUAUCAUUAAUAAAUGAAAAGAAAACUUUCCAAGUUUUAUUUGUAAAGCCAGUUCUGAAUAUUUGUAACAUUGGUUAAAAAAUAUGUGGCUGACCAAUUAUAUCCCCCAGCUAACUGCUUUGUGUUGACUUUGUUUAAAAUGUUGUACAGUUGCAACUAAAUGGCACUUUGUGUUGUUUGGAUGGGUCAGGUGAAACAAUGAGCAUCCCACUGUUAGUGUUUUACUGCUAAGUAACUUUCUGUUAGGUCUGCUUUAAACCAAAAAUAAUGAAGGAACAGAUGGUUCUUCUACACCUGCCUUAGAAUAAAGCAGACAUCUUGCAGUGUCACAACUGGAUGGCUUGCCAUAGCUGAUGUACAAUAACUGCUGUUGUUGGAUAUGCUAGCUGUGAUUUACUGCUGAAUUUGUGGUUAUGUGACUACAGCAAUGAAGCUGGCUAUCAGAAGCCAGGGAAAAGCAUUAUACCAUGUGUGUAUAAACUGCAUCGCAGGUGAUUAUGAUGCACAUAUGUAUCCUAAUCACUACAUUUUUAAAAACAAGAUCAAACUUUGAUUUCUGCAAUUAUUUGCAGAAGGAAUAAAAAGAAUACUGUUUGAUGGUGAAAGAGGAGCAGGAUAAAUAAUCAGGCACUGAGUAAGAGACCAACAACUGAAGUAAAAAGUCAGUCACUUUCAGCAAGCUGCCUUGAUGGGAUGAAGCUGGGAGCAGUGGUAGCUGGGUUUCCUUGUGUUGGUUUAAAUUUUCAGAGAUCUGAUCUGCUUCCUCCUCACUCCAGAUUUAAAACAGAAUACAUAACACACACUGUACACAUAGUGCACAGCUUGUGUGUCUCCUGUAUUAACUACAUAUUUUUUUUUAUUGUACACUGUCAAAGAGUUAAGACAGGGGAAAUAAGUGAUAGUCUCCAGCAUAGUGUAUCAGUAGUGUGUUAUGAUAUGAAGUCUACAUGUGGAAAUUGUUUGGAGUUUGUUGGAGCGUAGCUGUUGAGGUUAUAGGGCUGGGUGAUAUGGCACAACCUUUUCCCCUCAGUAUUUGUCUAAUGAAUCCUUUCUGGUGAUUAUAAAAUCAUUAAGAAGUAUUCGGGCUGCAAUCACACAAUCUUAAUUCUUGUUAUAACUCUUUGUAAAUCCCACAUGUUUCUUUCUUUACUGACAUGCAGAAGUUUCCUUUGAAGGAGUGCUCACAUAUUCCAUGCAUCUGUCCCACUUUAACAAACCAUAGCAUGCAGUGUUGAGUUAACUCAACCAAUGCUGUUGAAAUGGGAUGUCUGUUCCCAGAAGAUUGCCAGGUGAUUGGCUAGGAAUGGACUUGGAGAUGUGACUGGCUUUCCAUUGUACAUCGGCAGUGUACCUUUUAUGGACAAUGUAUUGAAGCUCCUCGUUUUCAUGUCGUAGAAUUAAUUUUUUGUUUCACCCGGCACUAUAUGGUAACAACAGUUUGAGGGAUUCGUCUGGGAACAGAUGUCAUAGGCUCUGUUUUCAUUAAGAUCAAAAGAGUCUCUUUUCCUUUUGUGAUCAUUGUUUUUGGUUGAGUUUGAGCCAGGAAAUAAUGGGAGAGAGAAAACGAUGACAUGCAGCAAUGGUCCUUGGCCAGAUUUAAACCUGGGAUGUCAUGCUUGCAUGGUAUGCCCCAUAGAAAUAAAAUCCUAUAAUUUUAUAUUUAUGGUAGGCACAUUAAAACAACAAGCCAUCAGAAUGCUCUGUUGGCUUUUCCUAAGGUGGUAGUAAGCUGUAGCCUGUAUCUUCACAGGGGUAAAUUAUUUGUUGUGUAAUACAACGUUUACUCCGACCUAUAAGAUGCGUUUGCUGAGGUACACUGGUGACAUUAGUUACAGUGGUUCAUUUACUGGUGUGGUACUACUGGAGAACAUUAGUGGUUUGCCAGUGUGCAUACUCACAACAUACAGUACAUCAGCAGUGAAGUUGGCGGUCUAAACACGGCUCUCCUUGUUGUUCUUUGACAGAGGUAGCCUAAGCGCUAACCUUGCAUUUAAGGAGUUCAGAGAACACUAUUAACUGAUAAGCUGGUAAAGGUUCAGACAUGACUGUGUCAAAGAUUUCUCAGGCAGUUCUGCCAAUGCACUUCAGGUACGGACCUUUUAUUUUUAGGUUAUGUGCCGAUAUUUGAAGGUAUGGUACACCACUGCAUGUAAAGUCUGAACCUGUUGAGUGAAAUCUGCCGUUUUCGCUCUUUACUAUUGCCUAUCAUCACAAUGGAGAAUUGUGGCUUGCGAUACAUAGCUUUGUGAAACGAUUGAGAGCUUAUCCAUACCACAAUGAGUGCCCAAGUACUGAUACUGUGUUGAGACUUGUUUACUCUUACUACCAAGUUUAAAUAACGCAAUGGGUGUGUGUAUGCUUAAAAAAAGAAGAAUUUAUUCCAUGUAACAUUUGACUUCAUUUCUUGGGGCUUCUGUUUGGCUGCAGCAUAUCUUAGAUCAGCCUCAGACUCCAGUGGUUUGCAGAUCAUUUUGUUUGUGAAGUGCUGUUUGUUCAAGUGAAUUGCUCAUUGUUCUUUGCAUCUAUUUUCAAGUGUAAUUCUGGAUUUUACUUUGUAAAAACUACACUGACAAAAGUUAACAUCAAACCAACCUUUGUGUAAAGCUUUAAUGUUCACUUGUCCUGUGUUCAGUGUUUAGGAUUUAGCUAAAUGAUAGUGAAGUGCUGGUUAGUACAUUAUGACAUAUCUUCAGUGUACACAGUGGAGAAUGAAUGGAUGAACUUAUUUGUCAUUGCCUUUAAAGUUAUUAAGAUUAUUUCUCUUACUUUGUUGAAUCAAUCAGUUUGUCUUGGAAACUAAAAAGCUGUUUGUUUAAUAAAAGUUGUAUUCCUCUCAAA